AUGGCUUUGCAUGGUGUCUUCAAUGUCAUUCCCGGCGCACUGCUCCUCGAUGCUCGGGGUGCAAAAAACCGGUACUCGAUGAUGUUGUCAUCACGGCUGUCGGAGGUCAGUGGCAUGAUGAGUGCUUUGUCUGUCACGAAUGCAGUGCUGAGUUUGGGCCGGAUGGUCGAUAUUUUGUCCGAGAAGGCGAGCCCAAAAGAACAGCAAAAGGCCGCAUCAUUGGAGGACCAGUCCAGUUACCUAAACUCCGAAAAGGCACGAUUUUAUCAUCUAAACGAAGUUUUAUUGACUUACUUACAGUGCUUGUAA